AUGGAAUAAAAUGACAUAAAUUCUGAUGAUGACGGAGAAGAUACAAGCGAGAUGAGUGCAACUUCAAAUAAGAAAGGAAUGGGUCUUGACAUGUAUUCUAAGGUACAUGAGAUAAAUUUGGAAGAUGAAAAAGAUGAGGAAGAUGAAGAAAAUGAGCUUGAUGAUGAUGAUGCAAAUGAUGCGGGUAGUGGAGGACAAGCUAGUAAUGAAGGUACUUUUCUUGUUUACUUUAUUGUCUAAUUAUAGCUUAUAUUAUUUCUCAAUUGAAUUAUGUUAUUUUAAUCGGAUUUAAGCACAAUAAAAAAGAAAAUCCGUGGAAAAACUAUGUGCAAAAGGCUUCAUGCCACAGAUUUUAAUGAUCGACGGGAGGUGGAAUUUUUUUCAAGGGCAGCUUGUAGGUCCAACCAAGGAGGUUGUAUCUGACCUCAACCAACUAUUGGGCACAACAGUUAGAAACCCUCGUUUUGUGACUUUGUUAUAUACUAGUUGGCAUGGUGUGCCUAAAAAACUCAAAGAGGACAUAUGGGAGUAUGUCAAUCAAAAGUUCGUUCUUCCCAUAAGUUCAAAGCCUUGGAUAAUGCGGGCACUUUGUUGUGCAUGGAAAAAAUACAAAUGGCAAAAUAAAAAUAGAACAUUUCUUGAAGUACAACACAAAGAAAGAAAUGAUAAAGAACCGACCAUUAGAGAUUCUCGAGGUUCAAUUUUGCAAACUAAUUCGGUAUUGGAGUCUUCCGGAUAUCAAGGCCAUCUCUGCUAAGAAUACUAAAAAUAGGUCAAAGCAAACAUGUCCUCACCAAAUGGGAUCCACAAAUUUUGGAAUAGUGCAUAAGCAGCUGACUAAACUUCGAAACCGCUUAGAGGCAGGAGAAAAUGAUGAGGAUGCAUUUGUAGGAGUGUUAGGAAAGGACCAACCAGGUCGAGUUCGUUGUUAUGGGGCUUCGAUUACAAGAAGCUCUCUUAAAAAGGAUGAGGAGAUUCACCACAUAAAAGUUGAAUACAACGCUCAUGUCUCAUCAUUAGAGAAGAAGAUGGACGGUGUAUGUGGUUUAUUAAAGGUAUUGGUGCACCAAAUCAACCCUGGAAUGAGCGAUGAAGAGGUAGCAGCCUUAAUGCAAGCUGCCCAAAAUUCUUCUUUGGAUACCUCAAGUAGCAGAGCAAAAAAUACUCCCUGCUCCUCCGAAUCAACUCACAUUCCACACAAAGAUGAUGGCAGUGGUCAAAACAAUUUUGCUCGCAAUGGAUGAUACACGACGUUUUAUAUUUUGUAAUGAAGUACAAGAAGUAGAUGUUAUGACUUU